AUGGACCCUGGAAGCCCCAAAAAUUCAUCAAUCGCAACUCGCAGCGGGUCGCACCCGGAAAUUUUGGGAAACUACGAAUCCGGGAUAUCCUUUAUCCCCACAAAUCCUCUGGAGGCCCAGGCGCGGGUCGACUUUUCGAGAGCUUCGAGACAUCUUGCGACAUCUUGUGAUGAGCUUCUACGGCCAGCCCGAAGCCGUCCAGACGAAAUGAUUGUCCAAUCCGCCCGGCGGCCACUUGGCUGCUGGAAGUCUGUCCUCAGACGAAGUCGUCAGCAAAAUCAACUCCUCAGCCGUACACUGGCCUCUAUCAGUACACCUACCGAGCCACCAGCCAGUAAUGCAGGAGCAAUACCACCAGCGACCAUUGCAGCUCGGAAAGCACCUAAAUUCCAUGUGAUCCCCACCAAGAAUCCUGACAACCCCAUCCGCACCGCCUUCGCCGUCUACAGCCCCCCUCCCUCCGCCCGCAAAGCCCACCCCGCUGCCCUGGUCGAAUACCACGCGCAACAGAUCCGCCGUCUGGACCGCACCGGGGCGCGCACCGCCCUCUUCUCGAAAAGCAACCCCGACGCCGCGAAGCCGGGCGAUGUGCUGCAGGUCACCACGAACCGUGGGGAGCCGUUCGCUGGCGCCUGCCUGCAGAUCCGUCGCGCCGGUGUCGACACAGCCAUUCUGCUGCGCAACACUUUGACCAAGGUUGGCGUCGAGAUGUGGUACAAAAUUUACUCGCCGAGCGUGCUGGGUAUUGAGAUUAUCUGGAGACGACCCAAGAGAGCGAGACGCGCCAGACUUAUGCACAUGCGUCGGGCAAAGCAUGAUAUGGGCAAUGUGGAUCAUCUGGUUGAGGCUUGGAGACGGGCUAGAAACGUGUUUAGUAGCAGGGGCAAGGGUGGAAAUACUGGACGGCAAGGAAAGAACAGCAAGAGGAGGUAG